AAAAAUCCAAACCUCUCCGAAACCUCCCACGAAUGGCGGGCUCUCCCUCCCAAACCUGAAUCCCCAAACCCUAACCCCCAAUCCCCAAUCCGGCAAUCCCCCUCCCAUUGCAGCCCUCACCAUCCCUCGCCGAUGGCGCCGGAGGCGAGGCAGCUCGGGGUGCGCCUCCGGGAGAACGAGGCGGUGGCGCAAUGUUUGCUGGAGAAGUGGCGGUCCAUGGAGGAGAAGCCGGGUGGUCUCAAGGAGAACCUGGCUCACACGCUCGCCAAAUCGUACCGCAGCGUCUGCGCCGCCAAGGAGCCCAUCCGGACCCUCAAGGACCUUUAUGAGAUAAAGGGUGUUGGAAAAUGGGUCAUACGUCAACUGAAAGGGUCCUUUCCAGAGUCCAGCCCAGAUUUAUCUCCUCCAGAAAGUAACACAGCAGGAGAAAAGGGCAAGAAAGCAGGAGGGUCAAAGCGUUAUGUGCCACAGAAAAAUUCUGCUGCCUACGCGAUUCUGAUCACACUCCAUAGGGAAACAAUCAAUGGGAAGAGUUAUAUGAAGAAGCAAGAGCUUAUUGAUGCCACUGAAGCAAGCGGCCUGUCACGAAGUGCAAUUGGUCCAGAUAAAAGUAAAGCAAAACCGGGGGCUUUUGCGAGUUCUCAGAAGGACUGGUACACUGGAUGGAGCUGCAUGAAAACAUUGACAUCUAAAGGACUGGUUUCAAAGUCUGGCAAUCCUGCAAAGUAUAUGAUAACUGAAGAAGGGAAAUUCACUGCUCUUGAUUGCCUCUCAAGGUCUGGGUUAGAUGAUCACUCACCACCUUUAGUGGUAAACAGCGUUCACCAGACAUCAUUGGGACCUUCUAGGGCCAUUGGUGAACCCAGCACAUCUGUUGCUAACCCUGUCGCUAAGACAUCACCAGAAAUGACAUAUCUGACAAGUCAAGAAUCACUCAAUUACAAGUCUCAAGUUAGAACUGCUGAUAACUGUGCUGAAGAAAUCAUUCUUAGUGAUUCAGAUUCUGAAGAAUCAUAUACAGAGAACUAUUCUCUAAUAGGUUCUGAAGAAUUUACUGAAAGAGUUGCACCUCCAAUAUUGAAAGCAAGCAACUCUGGUGGUCUUGAUAUCAGCAAGAGAACUACUCCAAACAACAGAUUUUCAGAUUGUUCAGCUUCUAUUUCCCCUCUUUCAUCUCAAGGAACAUUUGAGCUGCAGUCUUCUAGUACAUUGGGUACUACUGAAAUCAAUAUGCUAGACAAGGAUACUGUAUGUAUGGACAAUUCUAUACUAGCCAUGCCACCUCGGCGAUCCAGUGACAAUUUUCUUGAAGAUUAUGAAGUUGUGUUGGUAUUGGAUGAUCGUGAGAAUUUUGGGGAUCGUUUAAAACCUGUUGCUGAUAACAUACGCUUACAAUUCCGUGUACCUGUAGAGAUAAAGCAUUUGCCUGUUGGCGACGGUAUUUGGAUUGCUCGUGAUAGAAAGCUUCACACAGAGUAUGUUCUUGAUUUCAUUGUUGAAAGGAAAAAUGUUGCUGAUCUAUGUAGUUCAAUCACAGACAACCGAUACAAAAUUCAGAAGUUAAGUCUCAAGAAAUGUGGCCUAAAGAAGCUGAUAUAUCUGGUUGAAGGUGACCCUAACCCUCUCGAUUCAUCAGAAAGGAUUAAAACCGCUUGCUUCACCACUGAGAUUCUUGAAGGAUUUGAUGUUCAGAGAACCACUGGGUAUGCUGAUACUGUAAGGACAUACGGCUACCUUACACGUUCGAUAAUUGAAUACUACAGCACCAACUUUUCUACUGGUUCUAAUACUUCUCGAGUAUGCCCGACCUAUGAUGAGUUUAAGAAAAAGUGUGAUGACCUUAAGAAGGUAACUGUGAGUGAUUUAUUCGCCCUUCAACUUAUGCAGGUGCCACAAGUGACAGAAGAAGCUGCACUUGCUGUGAUAGGAUUCUAUCCAACUAUUUUCACACUUGCUCAGGCGUAUUCCAUGCUUGAUGGCGAUACCCGUGCUCAAGAGGAAAUGUUGAAGAAUAAGAGCACUCUGAUAAACGCAGGGGCUAGCAGAAACAUAUUCAAGCUUAUCUGGGGUGAAGGAUAAAAUCCUCAGUUUGUUUUGUGAUCAACUGGUUUAACCAUAUUUUGUCACCUUCUUGCUGAUUUUGGUGCAACCACCGGUGAAGCUCCACAAUUCUCAGCUCUCACCGCAACUCUUUCUUUCAUGUUCUAAAGGCAAACUGGUCCAUUUUUGUGUGCCAAGGUGCCAUGGAACACUGAGUUUCAGAAUUUGUAACCACCUACAAAUGGGACUUUGCAAGUUAGCAUAGGCGCAUAGGUUGACCCCCAUCUAAGACAGACGAACUAUUUUUUAUCUUAUGCAUUCUCCAGGUUGUACAAAAUGGAACUAUAAUGGAACUGGGCCGCUUAGCGUUUCACAUCUCUUUACUCAGUUGCUUGGAUUAUGCGCUGUCUCAUGUUAUCUCGGUUUUGUUUGCAUGGAAAUGGACAAGCUCAUAUGAGAUUGCACCCACAGACCAUACGCAGCUGCCAACAUUGUUACGGUUCAUCCAUGUGCUGGGAUCAAUCCAUGGUCGGCGCCAUGUCCGGGCGACGUCUGAAGCUUGUUCGAUCAUCUUUGUUUCGCAGAGAAACGUACCAGAUGAGGAAAUUAUUGGGCGGUUUGUCCCAGAACGCACAAGGAUUCGACUACAAACGGGGACCUUACAUCACGCAAUCAGAUAUAUUCAAGGCUGCGCGGUUCAAGGUGUCAUAGG